UCUGUGUUUGUCCUGACAGAUGAUUUGUUAUCAUUGCUGUAACACCGGUUUGACUGUAGGAGAAUAAUAGUCUGAUGAGCACAAAACGCAGUGUGACAUUCGACAUCUCUCAUUGUGUCUCUAACUCUUCGUGAGUCAUGGAGAGGGACGCGGUGACAGUGAGAGAGGCUGGCGUAGGCGACGCGCCGGGAGCGCCGCCGAGCCCCAGCACCGCGGCGGCGGAGAGCGGAGGCGUGGGCGCGCGCUUUGGGUGCACAGCUCCAGACCACUCCGCUGCAUCCUGUCCAUCUGCUUGUUGUCAUGGAGGAGCAAAGAUGGCGGUCCUGGCCUAUAGCCUAGGCAAACGAGAAAUAAAUCAGCAUUUCACUAUUAAAAAUGCCAAACUGAUAUCUCUCGCUGCUGUCAUAAUACUCCUCGUGUUCCACACAGCGCUGCGGUAUUAUGGGGGCGGAGACACAUGUGAAUGGCUGCUGUCCAGCGGACGCUACUUGGGGGAGAACGUAUGGCAGCCUUAUGGCUGCAUGAUGCACAAAUACAAAAGCAUUGAAGCCAGGACAUGCCUUGCUAAGAAGCGAGUGGCCUUCAUUGGUGACUCCAGAAUCAGGCAGCUGUUCUACUCCUUCAUCAAAAUUAUUGAUCCUGAGCGAAAAGAGGAUGGAAACAAGCAUGAGGACAUUCCCUUUGAAGAUUCAAAGUCUGCACUUAAUGUGGACUUUCUGUGGUAUCCAGAGGCAAAUAACUCCAUGAGGGAGCGUUUGGUAUCAUGGACAAAGGAGCCCUCAGCAAAACCAGAUGUAGUCAUUCUUGGAGCUGCCACUUGGUCCAUCAAGCUGCAUGGUGGCAGCACCGAGGCUCUGCAGCAGUACAAAGUCAACCUGACAGCCAUGUCUGCCCCUCUGGAGAGGCUGGCAGAGGAUGGAGAGAUCUACUGGGUCCUACAAGACCCAGUGAAUGAGGAGGUGUUGAGUGAGAACAGGAAGAUGAUCACCAACCAGCAGCUGGAGUUGUACAACGAAGCAGCAGUGGAUGUGCUCAACAGCAGCAAGCGCAACGGCAGGACCCGGGUCAAGCUGCUGGCUGCCUCCCGCCAGGCUGCCCUUGAAACAAUCACUCAAUCAGAUGAUGGCUUGCACCUACCUGAGAGCACCAGGAAUGUGGGAGCCAUGGUCCUUAUGAACUCUAUGUGUAACAACCUAUUGAGGCCCAUCGAUGGCUCCUGCUGCCAGAAGGUGCCGCCCCCGAACCUCCUCCAGAAACUGUCAGCAUUUGUCUUCCUCGGCUCUGCUUUGGCCUUCCUGGGUUUCCACAUCCUCGGCUACAACCACCACCGCCGCCCCGUGCCCCCCGACGUGGAAAGCCUCGAGGAGAAGAAGCCAGCAACAGCAGCUGCCCCGCUGGGUCCCAAGGCACCAUUCCAAGCACUUUGCAGGAUGGGCAUCAUCAUGGCCUAUUUUUACCUUUGUGAUAGAGCAGAUGUGUUCAUGAAAGAGCAGAAGUUCUACACACACUCCACCUUCUUCAUCCCACUCAUCUACAUAUUUGUCCUGGGGGUGUUCUACAGCGAGAACAGCAAGGAGACCAAGGUACUCAACCGGGAGCAGACAGAUGAGUGGAAGGGCUGGAUGCAGCUUGUCAUUCUCAUCUAUCACAUAUCUGGAGCCAGUGCUUUUAUUCCAGUCUACAUGCACGUGCGGGUGUUGGUGGCAGCGUAUCUUUUUCAGACUGGCUAUGGACACUUCUCCUUUUUUUGGCUCAAAGGAGACUUUGGACUCUACAGAGUGUGUCAGGUGCUUUUCCGUCUGAACUUCCUGGUCUUGGUGCUGUGCGUGGUGAUGGACAGACCCUACCAGUUCUAUUAUUUUGUCCCAUUGGUCACCUUUUGGUUUGUCGUCAUCUACGCCACGCUGGCCAUGUGGCCUCAGAUCCUCCAGAAGAAGGCAAACAAUAGUGGCAUGUGGCACCUUGGAGUCUUGGCCAAGUUACUGGGCUUACUGCUGUUCAUCUGCUCCUUUGCCUACUCAGAGGGCUUCUUUGAGAGUGUCUUCUCUGUGUGGCCCAUCUCUAAACUUUUUGAGCUGAACGGAAGCGUCCACGAGUGGUGGUUCAGAUGGAAGCUCGACCGAUUUGCGGUGAUCCAUGGCAUGCUGUUUGCCUUCAUCUAUCUGGUGCUUCAGAAGUGCCAGGUGCUUUCAGAGGGAAAAGGCGAGGCUCUCUUCUCCUCUAAAAUUUCGAACCUACUUCUCUUCCUUUCUGCUGUUUCGUUUGUGACGUACUCAGUAUGGGCCAGCAGCUGCAAAAAUAAAACGGAGUGCAAUGAAAUGCAUCCUUACAUCUCUGUGUUCCAGAUUUUGGCCUUCAUUCUAAUCAGGAACAUUCCUGGCUACGCCCGCUCUUUAUACAGCUCAUUCUUUGCCUGGUUUGGCAAGAUCUCCUUGGAGCUGUUCAUUUGCCAGUACCACAUCUGGCUGGCAGCAGACACCAAGGGUAUCCUGGUCCUGAUCCCAGGGAACCCUUCACUCAACAUCAUGGUCAGUACUUUCAUUUUUGUCAGCGUGGCCCAUGAGAUUUCCCUCAUCACAAAUGACCUGGCCCAGGUGGUCAUUCCCAAAGACAGCACGGCGCUGCUUAAGAGGCUGGGCGGCUUGGGGCUGCUCAGUCUGGUUUUGCUGCUGCUGGCCAGGAGCAGCCAGCCCACACCUGGCGCCUGAAGCAACCCUUCUGGCAGGGGUGGAGCAGACUAGCCAAGCCCCUGUGGAGUGUGAAGUGGAGGUGCAGGUCCAAGCCAUGAGCAGGCCUGCUCUUGUAAGGCUCCCGGCGGCCACAGGAGACGGCCUCGGAUGUGUUUCAUUACAUUACCGAGGCCCCGUGGAGGAGCAGUGUGUGAGCAGAGUCUCCGCUGUCUGACUACUGUGGUGAAAAGUCGUACACUGAAGAGGGGGAGAACUGCCCAGAAUGUGGGCCCGCUCCUUUAGGAGCAAAGUGCAAAAAAUUUAGAAAAAAAGAACAAAACCCUCUAGAUGUUUACAAAAUUUAGGUGAAAUAGAAGAGGGCGAGGGCAAUUGGACAUGUGGUGUUUUAUAUAUAUAUAUAUAUA